UAUUCCAAAUUUUGUAUACAUGUCCCAAACACAUCUUCCAACACUUUUUUAAAGCUCACAAGAAUUCAAAAAAACUUUUCCCAUGUCUACACUAUAACCACGUUGCUACUACAUUUGUAACCCCAUCACCCAAAAUUCUUCUCUUUCGUCUUCUUCUUCUCUCGUCUCUUUCUCCCUCUCUCCCUCUCUUUGCAACUCCUCGUUGCAUAAUCACAAUCCUUAGUUUAUUUUUUCACUCGAGAAAAUGCAGUUUCUUUCACUUCUUGUAUCUUCCUUCUUCUUCUUUAUAAGUUUCUCCUCGUCGCUAAACCCCGAUGGUUUGUCACUUCUUGCUCUCAAAUCCGCCGUCUUGAAAGACCCGACCCGUGUGAUGACUUCUUGGUCCGAGUCCGACCCGACUCCAUGCCACUGGCCUGGAAUCAUCUGCACUCACGGCCGUGUCACCUCACUCGUUCUCUCCGGAAGAAGACUAUCAGGUUACAUACCCUCGGAACUCGGACUACUCGACUCGCUCCUAAAACUCGACCUUGCUCGCAACAACUUCUCGAAACCCGUCCCGACUCGUCUCUUCAACGCCGUUAACCUCCGUUACAUCGAUCUCUCUCACAACUCAAUCCCAGGCCCAAUUCCGGCCCAGUUACGAGCCCUCAAGAAUCUCACUCACAUUGAUCUCUCCUCCAAUCUCCUCAACGGGUCACUCCCUGAGUCACUCACUCAACUCGGAAGCUUAGUCGGAACGCUCAACCUCUCUUACAACAGAUUCUCCGGCGAAAUUCCGCCGUCGUAUGGCCGGUUUCCUGUUUUCGUCAGCUUAGAUCUCGGCCACAAUAAUCUCACCGGAAAAAUACCUCAGACUGGGUCUCUGUUAAACCAAGGACCAACCGCGUUCGCCGGAAACUCUGAUCUCUGUGGCUUUCCGCUACAGAGGCUGUGUAAAGAAGAAGAAAGCUCAAAUCCUAAGGUCGUCGCUUCGAAACCAGAAGGCUCGCAACUACUCCCGAAGAAACCAAACCCUAGUUUCAUCGAAAGAAAGGCUAAACCGAUCACCGGAUCAGUAACGGUUUCUCUCUUAUCCGGAGUCUCAAUCGUAAUCGGAGCUGUUUCUAUCUCCUUAUGGCUGAUCCGGAGAAAAUUAAGCUCCGCCGAGGGCAAAUCGGAGAAAAAGAACACGGGGACGCCAACGGAGUUUGAUGCGGCGGCGGAGGGGGAGGAGGAAGGUAAAUUCGUGGUGAUGGACGAAGGAUUCGAGCUCGAGCUCGAGGAUCUGCUGAGAGCAUCGGCGUACGUAGUGGGAAAGAGCAGAAGUGGGAUUGUGUACAGAGUAGUGGCCGGAAUGGGAUCGGCAACGUUAUCGUCGUCAUCGACCGUCGUUGCUGCUGUGAGAAGGCUGAGUGACGGAGACGCCACGUGGCGGAGGAAGGAUUUCGAAAACGAAGUGGAGGCUAUAGGUAGAGUCCAGCAUCCAAACAUCGUACGGGUAAGAGCUUAUUACUACGCUGAGGACGAGAGGCUCUUGAUCACUGAUUACAUACGCAACGGGAGCUUGUACUCUGCCUUACAUGGUGGACCUUCGAAUACUCUGCCUACACUCUCUUGGCCUGAAAGGUUACGUAUUGCACAAGGAGCUGCUCGUGGUUUGAUGUAUAUACACGAGUACAGUCCGAGAAAGUACGUUCAUGGCAACCUAAAAUCAACCAAAAUCCUGCUCGAUGAUGAAUUACAGCCUCGCAUCUCAGGCUUUGGUCUCACACGUCUGGUCUCUGGUUACUCCAAACUCACCGGUUCGCUAUCCGCCAAAAGGGAAAGCUUUGACCAAACCUACGGAACCUCUGCUACAACGGUGACAAGAAUUACAGCUCCCUCUGUUGCUUACCUUGCACCCGAGGCUCGAGCUUCUUCUGGUUACAAAUUAUCCCAGAAGUGCGAUGUUUAUUCGUUCGGGGUUGUCCUUAUGGAGUUGUUGACUGGUCGUUUGCCCAAUGCUUCCUAUAAAAACAAUGGCGAAGAACUUGUGCUUGUUGUGAGGAACUGGGUCAAAGAAGAGAAGCCCUUGGCUGAGAUUUUAGACCCGGAGAUUCUGAACAAAGGUUAUGCAGAUAAGCAAGUUAUUGCAGCCAUAUAUGUUGCCUUGAACUGCACAGAAAUGGAUCCAGAGGUUCGACCGAGGAUGAGAUCAGUGUCUGAGAAUCUCGGCCGAAUCAAAUCGGACUGAGCUCGUUUGAGGUAACUUAGAAAGUGAGUUAGAGAUUUUUGCAGUUCCGUUGAGUGUAAAAUUCAUGCAACAUCAUGUUUUGCUUCUCUAUGAGUAGUAUCUUUUAAUA